AUGCCGGAAGUGCAGGUGCCUCAGCAUCACAACAAAACUGGAGCAGGCUUGGCAGGUGAAACGGGGAAGCGACGAAACGAUUUGAUCCAGUUCACGUUUGAGACCGCAUCUGUCAUUAUUUUACUUUGUUCAUUCCACACUCUGUAAUCACGAGGCGACAUCGCAAUGGCUUUGAACAAGAACAAUUCUGAAUCCGGAGGCGUCAUUAUCACCAACAGUGAAAGGUAACGUUAGCUAGCUUAUACGUAUUAACAGUAGCGUAGCGAUUAUCAGUCAACGUGAGUUAACUGUGUGAAUGUAGCUAGCUAGGUAGUCUGUAGCUUAGCUUUUUGUGUAGUUUACCAGCUAGCCAUUAAAUGUUUUGUAGCGUUGACAUUGCGUAUUCUUUCAGGCACCAACUAGCUAACAGAUCUUACCUUGUGUCUUGUCAACACUCAGAAGCUAACUAUUGUUUGCCAUAAUGAUGGUCAUCGUGUGUUGACUGCCGAUCACGUCAGCUCAUCGGGUGAGGUUGAGCUUGAGCUAAGUUAGCCCCCCAAAAUAUGCAAAAGAUAGCUAAGUAACUAGCUAGCUAGCGAUGUGUGGCUGUACAAAUAGCCUGCUCUGGCAAAUAUGAUAUUUAUUUUCCCGAACAUAGCUACGUGUUAUGUAUCUGUCAUGCGGGUUUGGCAGGUAAACAGGUAAGGUGUUGUAACUAGCCUCCUAGCCAGCCACCAGUGGUGGAAAAACUACCUAAUUGUCAUACUUGAGUAAAAGUAAAGAUACCUUAAUGUACUGAACAAAAAUAUAAACGCCACAUGUAAAGUGUUGGUCCCAUGUUUCAUGAGCUGAAAUAAAAGAUCCCACUAUUUUUCCAUAUGCACAAAAAGCUUAUUUCUCUCAGAUUUUCUGCACAAAUUUGUUCACAUCCCUGUUAGUGAACAUUUUUCCUUUACCAAAAUAGUCCAUCCACCUGACAGGGGUGGCAUAUCAAGAAACUGAUUAAACAGCAUGAUCAUUACACAGGUGAACCUUUUGCUGGGGACAAUAAAAGGCCACUCUAAAAUGUGCAGUUUUGUCACACAACACAAUGCCACAGAUGUCUCAAGUUUUGAGGGAGUGUGCAAUUGGCAUACAGAGUGCAGGAAUGUCCACCAGAGGUGUUGCCAGAGAAUUGAAUGUUCAUUUCUCUACCAUAAGCCGCCUCAACGUCGUUUUAGAGAAGCAGUAUUUCCAACCGGCCUCACAACCACAGACCAGUCCAGGACCUCCACAUCUGGCUUCUCCACCUGCGGGAUCGUCUGAGAUCCGCCACCCGGACAGCUGAUUAAACUGAGGAGUAUUUCUGUCUGCAAUAAAGCCCUUUUGUGGGGGGAAACGUAUUCUGAUUGACUGAUUAGCCACCCAUGGCUGCGCCCCUGCCCAGUCAUGUGAAAUCCAUAGAUUAGGGCCUAAUUUAUUUAUUUCAAUUGACUGAUUUCCUUAUAUAAACAAGUCGCUCUGGAUAAGAGCGUCUGCUAAAUGAUGUAAAUGUAAUAAUGUAAACAGUAACUUCAGUAAAAUGUUGAAAUUGUUGCAUGUUGUGUUUAUUUUUGUUCAGUAUAGAAAAUUACUCAUGUGAAAGUCACCCAGUGAAAUAAUACAUGUGUAAAAGUAUUUUGUUUGAAAUAUACUUAAGUAUCAAAAGUAAAAGUGUAAAUAAUUUCAAAUUCCUUAUAUUAAGCAAACCAGACAGCACCAUGUUCUUGUUUUUAUUUUAUUUACUGAUAGCCAGGAGCACACCUACACUCAGACAUCAUUUACAAACGAUGCAUUUGUGUUUAGUGAGUCCGCCAGAUCAGAGGCAGUAGAGAUGACCAGGGAUGUUCUCUUGAUAAGUGUGUGUAUUGGACCAUUCUCCUGUCCUACUGAGCAUUUAAAAUAUAACAAGUCGUUUUGGGUGACAGGGAAAAUGUAUGGAGUAAAAAGUACAUAAUUUUCUUUAGGAAUGUAGUGAAGUAAAAGUCGUCAAACAUAUAAAUUGUAAAGUACAGAUACCCCCCCCCCAAAAAAAAACAACUACUUAAGUAAAAAUACUUUAAAGUACUACUUAAGUACUUUACAUCACUGCCAGCCACUAGUGUCACCAGACCCAAGCCUAUUAUACCUUACUAGCUCUUUACUGCAGAGAAGCAAUGGACCACUUUAGGUAACUGACCAACUUGGACAGUUACACAAUGCCCCCUAAUCUCAUAAGCAUGUUCUUUUCUUCCUCUUGUGUUUUUUUUUUCUAGCUCAGUGUGUGGUUAUGAAAAAGGAUGAUUGUCAUGUUGAUUUAGGUAAAGGAACAAUGAAUUGGCUUGCAACGUCUACCUUAUAUGUUGCCGUGUGUGUGUGUGUGUCAUCAGUGUGUUGAUGAGCUAUGAGAACGUGGAGCUGGUGUUCUGUGAAGCUGAGUGCCUGCCUGAUGCCUUCAGGAAGAGUAAGAAGGGGAGCAUCUUCCUGACCCCCUACAGGGUAAGAGGAGACACUUCUUUACCAUGCAAACAUUUUAUACACCCAACCCCCUAACCUAUAGGCACCUAUCUAGAUAUGAUGGGUGUAACCCAGGUUGCCUCUCCUCAGGUGAUCUUUGUGGCGAAGGGGGGUCGUGAUGCUCUGCAGUCCUUCAUGAUGCCUUUCUACCUGAUGAAAGGCUGUGAGGUCAAACAGCCUGUCCUGGGGGCCAACUACAUCAAAGGCACCGUCAGCGCAGAGCCCGGAGGUGUGUUUGUGUGUGAGAGGGAGAGAGGGAGUCAAUGACUGUGUCUCCCACAAGCCCUCAAAGAACUUCACACUGUCAGUACCAGAUAAAUAUAAUAAGUACAUUUUAUGACACGUAUCUAGCCAAGGACCACUGCUGUGCUCAAAAUGGACUUGGAAAAAUACAAAUCUGGAUUAUAUUUGAUCAUUUUUUAGUUUUUAAAAGUUGGUAACUGUACUUCUGUCACUAUCCAGGAGGCUGGGAGGGCUGUGCCACCUUUAAGCUGGUGUUUGCUGCAGGAGGAGCCAUAGAGUUUGGACAGUACAUGUUACAGGUCGCUGCCCAAGGUAAAGGACUUUUGGAGCUGAUUCUGUGACCAAUUUACCCAUUGACUAUCUCCUUUUUUAAAUAGCUAGUUUUAAAUGGAUGUCUUUCCAACCUCUACUCUGCCCCUGUGCAGCGUCCAGAGGGCAGCCUGUGAGUGGUGGCUUUGGGGGCUGUCCCUACAUGGCCAAUGGGGCCUAUGCCUACCCUCCUCCCCCAGCCAAUGGGUACCCGGCAGGACCCCCACCCGGGUACUCCUACCCCAACCCCCCUCCACCAGGUAUGGACCAGACAAAGAGUACUGUUGUCUUCCUUUUUUAAUGUUUUGUACUUGUCUAGUUGAAAAUGGAAAAAUAGUUUAAUCAUAAAAACCAGUCCAUGUAUUAUUGCAUCUAAUAUGUCUGUUUCUCUGCAGGUGUAUUCUACCCCAACCCCCCAGCGUUUGAUGGCCCUGCGGCCUACAUGCCCCCUCCUCCCUACUCCGCCCCCCUGGGGCAGCAGCCCCCCCACGACCCUGCCCUGCCCUCCACAACUGCAGGUCAGAAUACAUUUUGGUUCUCACUCUCUCACUCUGUCUUGCAAAGUUCCUUCAGUAAUGGUAGUUUUUAAUUAGCGCGAUGUGAGUGAUCCCAUGCUGCUGAAGCAUUAAGUCAUUCACUUCUCUCUCCUUCCACCAGCGGAGGCAAAGGCAGCAGAGGCAGCAACCAGUGGCAGCUGUUCCACACUCCCUCCCACCUACCUGCCACAGGUACGCCCGUUUACCACCUUUCUACCUCUCUAAAUCUGACGUGUAGGAAGCCAUUUUAAUCUAUUCAGAAGGGUAUGGAUUCUCCCCAUUUAUAUUUAAAUUGUUUGCACUUUGGCCCAGUAGCAGGUAAGAGAGGCAGGGUCAUCAGGGAAGGUCCAUGCAGACAGCUGCCCAACCAAUAAACAAAGAGCAGGUCAGAGUACAGCCAAUGAAUGCUGUGCAGGAAGCAGCACAGGACCAAUGAGAGCGCACUGUAGUACUUUUAUCAAAUGCUUUUAACUCAGUUUAUGUUGUUCUCCAAACUGUGUAUAUCUGUAAUAUGUAAUCGGAUGUUUUUUCCUUUUCUCCAGGACAACCCCCCCCCUUACUCCCCUACUGAAGACAAGAAGACCCAGUAGAGCUGUAUCUCAGCUCCCACCCCUCCUUCACACGGCCUGUACCCCCCCCUUUCCAUCCCGAUGUUGUCUCUCUUCCACCAACCCCUCCUUUUGGUCUCUCUCCUCUCUGUCUACCUUGUUCCCUUUCAGUCCCCCCUUCUCCUCCCCUCCUCUGGUCAGUCUCUUAACUCACGUUCCUCUUAAUGAUAAUUGCAGCAACCAGCUAGCUAUGUUAGCUCCACCCUCCCCAGCUCGUGUACAGGCAGUUCCCUUCUGAGUUCCACUAACCACUUCUCUCAUACCCACCUGACUUUAACUAAACAGUGUUACUUACAGCUCUUCUAGAGUGGUUGAUGAUAUGAUUGUAGCUUGUUUGAGCCAAAGAUGUCAGGAAACGGGAAUAUUAGGUUAAGACAGAGGUGUUUUUGAUUGAGGUAGUAGUAUUCUUGGGUACCUGCUUUUUUUCUGCAUUGCCAAACACUAAAUUUUCUUGCCAGAUCAGACAACGGCAAGUUGGUUAAAGCAGAAACGGACAGACAUGCAGGCUCAAGGUUUAGCAGGUCGUUUUGGUGAGAAGCUGAUUUAUUUCAUAAGACCGUUGAUGACUAAUCGAACUGGGCUGAAUUAAGUGAUUUCUCUGCUAUCCAGGGGCUAGCGAAAGGCUGUAUUGUUGAUUAAAAACAUGUAUUCUUUGUCUGUACAGGCUUUUAAUGUGACAACUUCAAUAUGAGAGGAUAGCAGUAGAUCAUUGGACCAGGUCUUUGUUGACAAUUUACAUAUCUGAAAUGACAACCUUCUAUAAAGGGGAUAUAGUGUUGUUUGAGACUUUCCUGUUGUGUUGAUAGGAACCAUAAUGUCCGGUAUAGUGGACAGCUAGCUAGAAUACUAGGAAUCCCUGAUCCUAGGUGAACUAACUACAUGGAAAGAUUAUUUUAGCUAUCUGCUACUUCCUGUGUGUGUGUGUAUAGAGCAGUUGCCCUAUGAUGUCAUGUCCUGUGUCACUCUUCUAAACAUUCUAGAACUCACUCACCCACCACAUCAAGGAAUUAAACAAAUAAAAGAAUUCCUUGCAUCACAUCACUCUGCAGUGUUCUGGACUAACAGUUUAGAUCAAUAGUCACUUCUCUCUCAUCGAACAACACUAAUGGCUAUCUACUUCUCUUGUGGUGUGUAGUUUACUGACAUGUUUGAGGUCAGUCUCCUGAAUCUGAUCUGAGCACCUUUAAUAUUUGGGCAUCUCUUUUCUCUCUGUGGCACAAUGCAGCCGGCAGAUUCUUUGCACUUUCAGAAUGCUAUGCAUCGGGCCUCUUCGCUCCUGCCAUGGCUAUGUGUAUAGUAAAAAAGUAAGAUAUGGCUAUAUAUUUAUUUCAAGCUCCCACUAAUUUAUUGAGUUAAUUCAUUUGAAAUGGUCAAAUAUAUUAUUAAAAAAGACAAAAGCAAAGCAUGGGCUGAAUUGUAACUAAUAUGCAUUGGAUUUUUAUUAAACUGAUCUUGUGAUGUUGAAUUGUGUCCAUUUUUAUUCAUUUGACAAGUCUUUUAUUUUUCUGUACACAUUGUGAUGCUAACCUGGGUACCUGACUAUUUCUGUGUUUUUAUAGCCUUGUUUGACAAAAUGACAAGUGGUCUAAAUCAGAAACAGGCUGGCACCAUGUCUACAUUAAUACCAUAGUUAUGUCCAGUUCCAACUUCCAACACAAAGUAGUGCAAAACAUUUAACAUCAGCUCCAGUACAAUUCCAACAGGAACUUUUGUGAAAUGUCUUCAGCCUCUAGAAGCCCUAGAAAUGUGCUUUUCCCUCUUAUGGAAAACCGGUUUCCCGUACAGUAGUCAUUUCCAGUUGCUAACUGUGCUUCCGGUUCGGACAACUUGCAAAUCCACAUCAGUAUCCCAAAGACUAGUCCACUGUGCCGAGUCUGAUCCCAUAUUUCAGAACAUUAACAGUCCCGUGUCACAUGUGUGCUUACUAAUCGCUCCCGUUCAAGUCAGUCUCCCACAGUAAGGUGACAUCACAACACUGUCAUCAGCUUUACAAGACUAGUCCCUUAUGGCAUUUAGGUCACAGUCAUUCCCUUUGGUGUUGUCGUCAUGGCGAGCAGAGGGUAAUGCUGACGCCCUCCCCUAUCCAACAGGCGGGGAACAGCUCCUGAGUGAAGGCACAGUAGAAGGAAUGCAGCCGCGUCUGCCCGUCUCCGUAGUACGUCAGCGUUCCCGCCUCGUAGUCCAGCAGCAUUCCGAUGUGGGAGUGGUGGUAGUGGCCAGCCACCGUCUCCCGGCGCCCGUUGUGCCAGGCGCUCAGCUGGUGCUCAUCCAGCUGGAGGCUCCAGGACAGAUCGUUCAUUCCCACCAUGCAACUCUUU